UAUAAUAGCCGUUUCUACCGCACACUGAUAAUACUCGCGGUCGUCUUAUAGUCAAACCCUGGUACCGGUUUGAUACACGCACUCGCGCCAGCCAGCUAUUGUGGUAGUGAAAAUUCGCAUUGGUAGCAGUCAGAGAAGCUCUAUAGUCUGACUGGUUUAGUCGCGGUCCGUACGCGAACGGCGACGGUUCGCAAUUUCGAACGUCGAAAUUUAUUCGCGUCGGUGCACUGUGGCGGAUUUAGCAAAGAUUUUGGCAGAUAAGAGCCAGAAUAUCAAGCAGUCAUGGUAAAAGCGUAUAACGGCGCGUUGGUCCUUGCGGACGUUUUGCUACUUAUUUUGAAGAUCCUAUAUUACAUUUGCGAGAGCGUGUAUAGAUUUUUCGUUCCAUCAGAAGAAAAAAGCGUGGCCGGUGAGAUCGUUUUGAUAACAGGCACUGGUCAUGGCAUUGGAAAAGAGUUGGCUCUUCGUUAUGCAUCGCUGGGCGCAACGGUGGUCUGCUGGGACGUAAAUCAGGAAUCGAACGAAGAGACGGUGAACGAGAUAAAGAAAACUGGAGCAACCGCGGCAUAUGCAUAUCAAUGUGACGUGUCGAAAAGAGAGAACGUCCUCAGCGUAGCCGAAAGAGUCAAGAAGGAAGUCGGUGACGUCACUAUUUUAGUUAACAAUGCUGGUAUAAUGCCUUGUCACGCAUUACUCGAUCACACGACGGACGAAAUUAGACGGAUCUUCGACAUUAACGUGCUGGCUCAUUUCUGGAUGCUACAAGCAUUUCUACCAAGCAUGAUCGAAAAAAAUCACGGCCACGUAGUUGCGCUUUCGUCACUGGCUGGAAUCGGAGGCAUUCCAAAUUUAGUUCCCUACUGCGCUUCGAAAUUUGCAGUCAGAGGACUUAUGGAAUCGAUUAGCGAGGAACUACGAGUAUCCAGCAAAGGAAAAUCCUUAAUCAAAUUCACUACCAUUUAUCCGUAUAUGGUGGACACUGGACUUUGCAAGAAGCCGAAAGUAAGGUUCCCGAAUACCAUGCCGUUGGUUUCACCGGGGCAAGCAGCCUCACAAAUAAUUCUUGCGCAGAGGCGCAACUACCGCGAAAAAACUGUGCCUCCACUCUGGUUGUCACUAAGCGCGAUAAUAAGACUUUUUCCCGAUGAAGCAGCACGCAGCUUGGUAGACUUUUUUGACAGCGGUGUCGAAGCGGAUAGCUAACAACUGCAAAAAAAACAUCUCUGAUUUCGAAACAAAUAUGUGAAUAAACUUUUUUUUUUAUAUGACUGUCCAGUAUGCUAUUGCAUUAUUUAUAAGACAUCAUACAAGUAAAUACCAGGAUUGCCAAAUUUUAAAAUAAGACAUCUUUCGCCCUGAAAUUCAGAGGCUCUACUCGGUUACUCUAAAUAUAAAAAUAAUUUUUUAUUAUUUAAUAAUAACUAAUUAAUCAUUAUCAAGAACUGAUGCAUGAAAACGCGCAAAUGUAGAUGUUUUAUACUGAUAGCAAUAAGUAUCAUAUGACAUAAAUAGUAAAUAAAUCUUUUGUAUAAUAUUGAAAGAAAUCAUCGUCAACGCCACAUUGUUUCCUAGUAGCAUCAGCACAGUAUGUAAAUCAGUCGCGCUAACAAUAACGUUUUGUUAUGUUUUGACAAGUAAAAUUGGUGUAAUGUAUUUACCGUGCUGUAAUGAUAAACCCCGCUAUUGUUCUAUUAUAUGAUAUUGUUAUUCAAUAUAUUAUUAAUAUUUGCGUUUAUUACGAGAAAAAGCAUAAGUUGUGUAUAGUGGUCGUUUAAUAAUGUAACUAUUGUCUUAUACAUAUAUAAUUACCUAUAAAUUAUGUUAUAAAUAGCAUAUACAAUACGCAUAUAACGCAACCCCCCCUCCCAGGUAGCAAGCUUAUUUUCGUUAUUUUGAAAUCAUAAACGUCAUUUUUACAUUAAAAUGACGACAAAUAACAUCAGCUUGUUACCUGGGAAUUUAUCAAUAAUAUAAGUCUUUGAGAAGACGAUUUGGUAUCACUUUAAUCAGUAAACUUCAAUCUAACGCGCACAGUUAUAAAAAGAAUGGUGAAAAGAGAAUAGAGAAUUAUGGAUAUCAAUUAUAUGCAUAACAUAAAGAAAUUUAUUCAACGAAACUAACGAAAGUUGCGACUUUGAUGUAAGAAGUGAAUUGAUUAUAAUAUAGUUAUACUAUAUCGCGAGAUUCGGAUUCAUACGUUUGUAAAUACAGUAUGUGUUGUUCAUUAAAUUUUCUGCUCAAUUAAAUUUUA